CACUCCCUCUACUCUUCACAGAGGGCAUCUGUGACUUGCCUCAAAUUACCUCCAUUACUCCGAAAUUCAAAAUCCCCGCGCCGUAGUCCAGGAGUCUACUUCGUACCUCCGGACUCAGUUCCUGAAACCGAUUAUUACGGAGUCGAAGGAUGCACAUGGGUGCUGCCCCGUAGGAGACAUUUAGUGUUUAGGGAACAUCGAAGGAAGCGGAGAGCUAGCGAGGGGAUCGAAACAGAAGCAUGAGAAAUGACAAGCCUUGGGAUGUACUCGCUGGGAGCAGCCUCGAUAACGCGAGAAGUGCGCCUUGCAGCAGCGGCAACAGCAGCAGUCGAGAAUUUGCUGCUGCUGCAAGACAUCGAACCACAGCUGUCAGCCAUUUAAUCGGAAUGGACGGAGGUGACGAUGGCGAUUGUGAUGACGAUGGGGAGCUAAUCCCCGAGGAGGACCAUCCGUUUCACAAGCUCAUUGUUGCAGCCUCCCUCCCCAUGCCGCCACGCCAAGCCACGCCCACGGCACCCCCUGGAGCAGGCACAGAGCCAUUUUUUUGUCUAGCAGGAGAGCCCAAAGGCUCUUUCUUUAACUGUGUGUUGGGAGGGGGGAGCUACGGACUGGGGAGGAGAGGGGUGGGGAAGGGGCGGCAUGGAGGGGUGGGGGUGGCGCUGCCAGUUCUCUUUGCCUGCUGUGGCGCGCUUUCCUUCGGUUACCAUGUCAGUGUCAUCAACGCCUCUCUCUCCUUCCUUCUUGCCGACCUGCACCAACCUGCAACCAGCAUGGCAGCAUCGCUGGUGGUGAGUGCCCCUUUGGCACUAGCAGCAGUGGGGGCACCGCUGGGGGGAUGGCUUGCUGACGCUGCCGGGAGGAGGCGGGCGUUUCAAAUUGCCGCCCUGCCUUUUGUUGCUGGUUCCCUGCUCAGCACAGUGCUGCAGCAUCUGCCACGUGGCACAUGGUGAUUGGCCGUGCUCUUGUUGGUGUCGGCCUUGGGGUCGUAUCUGGCACGGUUCCUCUCUACAUAUCUGAGGUGACCCCCACGCCUUCCCGUGGCUCAUGGGGCGCUCUGGGCCAGCUGUCCACAAGCAUUGGGGUCUUCUCUGCACUGUUGGCGGGCCUGCCGCUAGAGCAGCACCACAGCUGGUGGCGUGGCAUGUUCCUAUUGGGCUGCGUGCCCCCCUGCCUCCUUCUGCUGGGCAUGGCACUGGUGGCACCAGAGACGCCCCGAUGGCUGCUGCUGCACCACAGCAUGCAGGCAGCAGCGCGGGCAGCAGUGAUCCUGCGAGGAACUGAAGGGGCGGAAGAGGUGCUGCUGGAGCUGACGUCAGCUCAUCCUGCGCUGGCGUCACACCAUGCAUGCGCGAUAGAAUCGCACUCAUCUGCAUCAGCGACUCCCCUGGCUCUGGCGCUAGGUUCGCACUCCACUGAGAAAGCGGGUUCACACCACUCAUUGGCGUCAGCUUCAGCGUCAGCGUCAGCUUCAGCAUCGCUCCGGGCUAGAACGCUGCACACCCCUUUGCUCAGCAGCAGCAGCAGCAGUAGCAACAGCAGCAGCGGCGGCAGCAACAGCAACUGUGCUCUGCCGCCUGCCUCUCUCCUCCAUCCAAGAUACCGACGAGCGGUGCUGCUGGGAGCGUCCCUCUUCGCCCUGCAGCAGUUCGCAGGCAUCAACGCCGUCGUCUACUUCUCCUCCCACGUCUUCCGCGCCGCUGGCUUCUCAUCAGGCAUUGGCGCCUCGGUGCUGAUCGCGCUAUUCAAGCUGUCUGCGGUGCUGCUGGCUGCUCGUCUGGUGGACUCUGCAGGCAGGAAGCCCCUCCUCAUGCUCUCCUUUCUUGGCAUGGGAUGUUCCAUGUGCUUCCUCUCUGCAGCCCUCUCCCUGCCGUUUCUCCAGCCCCACGCCCCAGUGCUCUCAAUCAUCGGCACGAUCACGUACGUGACGGCCUUUUCGUGUGGAGUGGGCCCCAUUCCCAGCCUGCUACUCCCGGAGAUAUUCCCCCUGCAAGUGCGCGCCACAGGCGUGGCAUUCAGCAUGGCGGUCCACUGGGUGUGCAACUUCUGUGUUGGCUGCUUUUUUCUUCCGGCAACAGCAGUGGUUGGGGUCAGCGGGGUGUACCUUUUCUUUGGCGCAGUGUGCUUUAUCUCUAUGGCGUUUGUCCACUCCUUUGUGAUUGAAACGAAGGGGCUUUCCUUAGAGGAGAUUGAGAAGAUUCUCUUGCAAAAGAAUUGAUAAUGCAGUAGGGCUCUCUCAGCUUAGUGAGGAUCACAAGAUGAGGGAGUGUUCUGAUUAGAGGAAGUCUCCAUAUCGAGAACCUGGGAGGAAGUGCACACCAGCAUUGUUAGCAUACUGCUGUCAGUAGUCCCAGGUGUGGUGUCUGUAUUCAGGGGAUUAUGGUGGAUGCUAAGGACGUGCUGUCGUGGCACUGGGAUAGCCUUGUCGUACCUCUUCUCUGUUGAAGUAUACUCAAUAGUUUACUUAUGCAUUCCUGAU